GCCCUCCCCUCACACACUUCCCAUCUCUCCGCGCGCGCCCCCGCCUUCUCGGUGAGCCUGUUUGGCGGGAAGUUGGCUUAGUUGGCCUACCUGUGGCUUAGCGGGUUCUCUGGUCCCCGCCUUGUUUCUCCCCAGAAGCUUCUCAAUCUUUCCUCGGUGAUCUCGGCAUAAGGCAUAGUACCCCUUCGCACGGAGGACGCCAUGGCUCCCAGGAAACGCCCAGAAACCCAGAAGACCCCCGAAGUGGUUGUGCGCCCCAAGAGCAAGAGGAACAGAAGCCCCCGGGAGCUGGAGCCCGAGGCCAAGAAGCUCUGUUUGAAGGGCCCCGGUCCUAGCAGAAGAUUUGACUCAGGCUGCCUUUGGGCGGGGUUGGCUAGCCUGCGGGUCCCGCCACCAUGCAGCAUCGUCAGGGCCCUCCACCAGCAUAAGCUGGGCACAGCUGCCUGGCCAUCACUACAGCAGGGUCUCCAGCAGUCCUUUUUGAACUCUCUGGCUUCUUACCGGAUAUUCCAAAAGGCUGCCCCUUUUGACAGGAGGGCCACAUCCCUGGCGUGGCACCCAACUCACCCCAGCACCCUGGCUGUGGGUUCCAAAGGGGGAGAUAUCUUGCUCUGGAACUUUGGCAUAAAGGACAAACCCACCUUCAUUAAAGGGAUUGGAGCUGGAGGGAGCAUCACUGGGCUGAAGUUUAACCCUCUCAAUACCAACCAGUUUUUCACCUCCUCAAUGGAGGGAACAACUAGGCUGCAAGACUUUAAAGGCAACACUCUCCGAGUUUUUACCAGCUCAGGCACCUGCAACUUCUGGUUUUGCAGCCUGGAUGUGUCUGUCAAAAGCCGAGUGGUGGUCACAGGAGAUAACGUGGGUAACGUGAUCCUGCUGAACAUGGACGGCAGGGAGCUUUGGAAUCUGAGAAUGCACAAAAAGAAAGUGACCCACGUGGCCCUGAACCCGUGCUGUGAUUGGUUCCUGGCCACAGCCUCCGUAGAUCAAACAGUGAAAAUCUGGGACCUGCGCCAGGUUAGAGGGAAAUCCAGCUUCCUCUACUCGCUGCUGCACAGGCAUCCCGUCAAUGCAGCUCAUUUCAGUCCCGACGGUGCUCAGCUCCUGACCACUGACCAGAAGAGUGAGAUCCGGGUUUACUCUGCCUCCCAGUGGGACUGCCCCCCAAGCCUGAUCCCACACCCUCAUCGCCACUUCCAGCACCUGACACCCAUCAAGGCAACCUGGCAUCCUCGGUACAACCUCAUUGUCGUGGGCCGAUACCCAGAUCCUAAUUUCAAAAGUUGUACCUCCCAUGAAUUAAGGACGAUCGAUGUGUUUGAUGGAAGCUCAGGAAAGAUGAUGUAUCAGCUGUAUGACCCAGAAUCUUCUGGUAUCAUGUCGGUGAGGCUUGGGCCCUCAAAUAAUAAUGGGAGGAAGCAGGGAUUCACCCUACCUUAUUGGAUCAAAAACGACCAGAAAUUAAUCCUCAUGUGCCCUUCUCCCAGUACCUUCAUUCCCUCCUCAUGCUUAUCCCCUUGUCUCUGCAGCUCAAUGAGUUCAAUCCCAUGGGGGACACACUGGCCUCUGUGAUGGGUUAUCACAUUCUCAUUUGGAGCCAGGAGGAAGCUGGGAAGCGGAAAUGAAAGACAUUAAUGAAGGUGGGGGCCAAGCAAGGGCUUGGAGCCCCAUGAGAACAAGUUCUGCGAGAAGAGGCGGCUUUGUGUUAAAGGGC